GGGCUGCGAUGAACUAAAAUCAAGAAAAAAUAAAAUUCAAAAAAAGAGGGAAGCAGAAAUUGCAAUAGCACCCAUCUUGUUUCUGGUUAUACGGCAACACAUCAGUAGUGGCGGACAAGUGUAGUAACAGACGAAAGUGUCGUCGGUGGCAUCUCACGUCUAAACUGUGUAACACAGAGAGCGCAUCUGCAUCUUCUUCAUACUUAUGUCGUUUUAGUAUACUUGAAUAUCCGCUUUAAUAUAAAUUACACACAGCUCUAUGAUGUCAGCCAACGACAGUGUGCCUUUCGUUGCUUUCACAAUUUUAUUUAUUGUAUAAAAACUAAUUCAACUAACAUUGUGCCAAUUUAUAAGAAUUUUGUUUAACAAAUCCAAUCAGUAGUGUUCUCGCUGUGAUGAAGGUGUUAAAAGACAUUUCAUACUAUGUAUGUUAGUGCAACUACCGCAAACUAAGUAACCAACUGUGCACAGUAUUUAGUGGGAGAGCCAUUUGGAACUUAUUUUGGUUUAUUUUUAAUGAUCAUUCCGGAUCUAUAAUUAUCUCGAAAGAAUUUCCAAUUGUGUAUUUCGUUAUUUGCUGAGUAUUGCCAGAGAACAUAAAUAGUUAUUGUAUGUUCUCCGGUAUUGCAACUAAAAUGUUGAUGAUGUUCUUGUUGUUCCACUCUUUCCUAAUGUUUCGCAGUUUGCGCUAGCCCAGAGAGUGAAAAAACGAUUAUUAUUGUAUAUUGCAAUGCAUCGAGCGGGAGAGAAAUUGAAGAUCAUAGUAUUUUUUGUCUAUUUUAACGCCAGUGCAUUUAUCAGCGACUUAAUUUAGCGAUUACAAAUAAUGUGAUGUGUAUGAAAUCGGAAGGGAAAUAGAAAAAAUCUAAAGUUAUGUGUACAAAUUGAUAUGAAAUGCUAAUCCCAAUGCAUACUUUCAGUUUAGUGGCAACGGCACAAUCUCCGAAGCUCAGUCUGACUACUAUAACAUAUAACCGACAUACAAACUGAGUUAUCAAAAUCAACUUCUUGUAAGGAGAAUAUUUUGUAUUUGUGAAAGAUAUUAAAAUUUGAAUAAAUAAGCCGCCUACCGAAGGUUCUUCAAGAAUACCAUUUGCUCUUUCUGAGACCCAUGUGAAAUGCCUUAUGAAAAAUUCAAUAAAAAGCGCCGACAAUGGGAGGAUAAUGGAGUUUUAGAAUUAAUAAAAUUGUGGAAAGUUUGCGCCUAUGAGCUGCGCACGAUAAAACGCAAUGGCCAUUUAUAUGUGGCUAUGGCAAAACAGUUGACCGCUUUGGGUGUACCUGUAUCAGCACUGGAAGUACAUUUUAAAGUUAACAAUUUGACUCAACGUUACAGACAAGAGCAGAAAACUUUCGAGACCACUGGUAUUAUAAGCACGUGGAAAUUCUAUUCGCAAGUGGAUGAUGUUUUCAAAAGUCUGGCCGGACAAGCAGGUGAUAAACGCAUUAUGACACCGGCAUCUAAUCCAAGCACUUUACCUUCGGCUUCAGAGUCUCCCGUUUGGAAGAAUCAAAUGUCUCAACAAGAAUUCAAUAGUAAUAAUUCCGAAGGAUUUUAUAAAUCUGAAUAUGGAAUGCACAGACAUUUUAUGGAUCACACUCAACCUCCACCCAAUCAAAACAACGAUGUUAACUUUAUGGCUACCACAGCAGCGGCUGCAGCUGUUGCCGCCGCUUCAGCCCAACUUAACUCAGCACCUAAUAACAACACAAACACCAACGGAGUUGUGCCAAAUUACAAUAACAAAAUGAAAAAACCUUCCGAGGAUUAUGACAAAUUCGUAGACAUUGUAAAAAAUAUCGUCGAUAAUCACAAGGCUACUCCGGACAAAGUGGAUACUUUCGGAGAUUUCAUUAAGUCAUAUAUGAGACGCUGGCCCGAUCGCCUACAGGAUGAAGCCAUAAAUCAUAUAACCAACUAUGUCAUUGUUAAAAAUAUGGAAAAUUCGAUGAAUAAUGGGGAUGGUGUGAAUAAUAGACAAUAAUAGAAGGGUAGUAAUAAGGAUGGGUUACAUAGUAUAUAUAAUAUAAUAUAUUGGUACGUAAGAAAUUUUAAUAUGUGUGGUAGCCUUAACUACGGGUUUAAGUGUACAAGGAACGUUACUUAAUAUAAAGUAAACCAAAAUUCUCUCUUUUGGAUUUUUAAGCAAAA